UAUAGACAACAUAAAAGAGAAAGAGAGAGACAAAGACAAGUGUUGGGGUCACCUUUUGUGGUCUCUGUUGGAUUUGGUUUGGACUAUCUUCACGAGAUUAUCCUCAUCUUCCCGCUUCUUCUCUCCUUUGAAUCUUUCUUCGUUGUUCUUUCACUUUCUUAAAGAGGAUGUGAGAUUGUUUUUGGUAGUUAGAAAAUGGAUACACCGGAAAAGAGUGAAACCCAGAUCGGUACUCCAGUUUCUAAACUCAAAGUCGAGGAUUCACCAGUGUUUAGUUACAUAUGCAAUCUCUCACCAAUUAAGACUAUCAAACCAAUUCCAAUCACUUGUCCUUUAAGCUCUCUCAAUUACGCAUCUCCACCUUCUGUUUUCACUUCUCCUCACGCGGUUUCUCAUAAAGAGUCUCGUUUCAGAAGUCAAAAAGAUGUGUCUGCUUCUAAAGAAGUUGGAGAAGAAGAAGCUUUAGUCGGUAGCGAACCGGAACAAAGCUACAAGAAUGACUGCAAUACUCCUAGAGUUACCAAUGAUGUGAAAGACAAUGGUUGUGGGAAGGAUUUGCAGGUGAUGAUGGACAAUGUCAAGAAGAAAAGUGAUACUCCGGAUUGGGAAACUUUGAUUGCUGCUACAACAGAACUGAUUUAUGGCUCACCGAGAGAGUCAGAGGCUUUUAGUUGCUUGUUGAAGAAAACUUCAAACUCUGAAGCACGUCUACGUGGUAGUAUAACUGCAACAUCGGUGGCUGUUACGAAUACCGAUGUAGUCAACAAUGAAUCUGAAUCUGUUGAUGCUCUUUCGAUAUUGCACCGUGGUGUGAGAAGACGGUGUUUAGACUUUGAGGUUAAGGGGAAUAAUCAGCAAACAUUAGGAGAAUCUUCAUCUAGUUGUGUAGUACCUAGCAUUGGUCUGCAUCUUAACACCAUUGCAAUGUCCUCUAAGGACAAGAAUGUUGCUAAUGAGUAUUCAUUUUCCGGUAACAUAAAAGUCGGUGUGCAAAGUUCUCUGACUCCGGUGCUUCAUUCGCAGCACGACAUCGUGAGAGAAAAUGAAAGCGGGAAAGAUUCAGGACAAAUUAUAGAAGUGGUUCCAAAGUCUUUAGCUUCAGUAGACUUGACUCCAAUAAGCCCCAAGAAGAAAAGGCGUAAGUCCGAACAAUCAGGAGAAGGCGACUCGUCAUGUAAACGGUGCAACUGCAAAAAAUCCAAGUGUUUGAAGCUUUACUGUGAAUGCUUUGCUGCUGGAUUUUAUUGCAUAGAGCCAUGUUCAUGUAUAAAUUGCUUCAACAAACCUAUCCAUAAAGAUGUUGUCCUGGCUACUCGCAAACAGAUUGAAUCCCGCAAUCCACUUGCAUUUGCUCCUAAAGUCAUCAGAAACUCAGAUUCCAUCAUUGAAGUUGGUGAGGAUGCAAGUAAAACUCCAGCUUCAGCGCGACACAAACGAGGCUGUAACUGCAAGAAAUCAAACUGUCUGAAGAAAUACUGUGAAUGCUAUCAGGGCGGAGUUGGUUGUUCUAUAAACUGUAGAUGUGAAGGAUGUAAAAAUGCAUUUGGCAGAAAAGAUGGGUCUUUGUUCGAACAAGAUGAGGAGAAUGAAACAUCUGGCACACCCGGAACAAAGAAAACACAACAGAAUGUCGAGUUGUUCAAACCUGCAGCUCCACCUUCAACACCAAUUCCAUUUAGACAACCACUGGCGCAACUUCCAAUCUCAUCCAACAACAGACUGCUACCUCCACAGUCUCAUUUUCAUCAUGGAGCUAUUGGAUCAUCUUCCUCAGGGAUAUACAACAUCAGAAAACCAGACAUGAGUUUGUUGUCUCAUUCAAGAAUCGAGACAAUCACAGAGGAUAUUGAUGAUAUGUCUGAGAAUCUAAUCCAUUCUCCAAUAACUACUCUAUCUCCCAACAGCAAAAGGGUUUCGUUGUCUCAUCUUGAUUCACCAGAGUCGACUCCAUGGAGAAGAAAUGGUGGGGGGAGGAAUCUGAUACGUUCGUUCCCAACGUUUCCUUCUCUCACUCCACACCAUUAAAAUUCUUUGAAUGUCAACUUCUAGUUGGUAGUUUUAACUUACACAGACAACAUACGCAAACAUUUACAAGUUUAGUAGCAGUAUUGCGUUAGUUUUUACAAUGGUUGUGUAAUAAAAAUGUUAAGUCAUUUAUCAAUAUCUUGACAACAUUCCUCGUCUAAUAUCACAAAUGUAACCUUAUUUAUUCAACAAUUUUCAUGUAAAAACAAUCUUCACAAUUAAUAAUUUAUUGACUAACUAAUAAUAAUCUUGUUCAAAGAGGAUGACAAAAGAGAAAGAAAACCAAAAAACAAGCUGGUCGACUAAUUAAGUUGCACUAGACUUGGAACAUAAGACCACACAAUUGGGUAACACCUUCUGUCUGAUUCUCCAAGAUCCACUUCUUUCAUGGAUCCAUCCACUCCAAUGAUGUAAGCUAUGUAGCGCUGUAUUCUGUAGCCUUUAUCAAAAACAACAGCGACUUUCUUCUCCUCGUCAAUGAAGAAACUCCCCAAACAAAACUGAAACUGAGGGCCAAUGAGUUUUCUUAUACUCACUGAUAAGAACACCUUGCUGUUCCAAGACACCGCGUUGGGCUCAAUCUUAGACGUGACCCAGAUCUCCAUCAUUAAUGUAUCCCACGGCUGAUAUAAAACAGCAAGCUGCUCGUCUCUAACAUUGGAUACACUCAAAGCAUCUUCAGAUUCAACAAACUGAAACGGAAGAGGCAAAAGUGGUCCAAAUGUCUCUCUUGUGAAAUCAAAAGAGAGUAAGAAAAACUCUUCGUUUGUUUCACUUGUUUCGUAAUACUUCUCUUCAGCAACCCAGAAGGCAUUUCCCUUGAGAGACACGCCACUAUUAAUAGUCCCUAAUUGCCAGUCUGGAGUGACAUGAAAAACCCUC